GAUUGCAUUGGUAAACUCGAAACGUAAACAUUGUUCUCCUUUAUUUUUAUAUUUUUACUAAUGGUGAAUACCAAUAAAUUUAAAAAAAAAGGACAUAUACAAAGAGUCGAUUAAAAUAUAUUUAACUUACAAAAUGGAAAAAGAAUUAGAUAAAGUCGUAGAAGAAAUAAUGUCGACCCCCAACAUCAGCGGGUGUCUAGUGGCGGAUCACCAGGGUCUCUGUCUGGCGAGCAAGGGCGCGGCUCACGUUGACUCCGCGGGUAUCAUCGUGGCGAUAUCGGAGCAGGCCUGCAAGAUCCAGCCCACGCUGAAACCGCCCACCGUCUGUUUAGAGUCCAACCAGAAAUUGUGUCUGAUUCAACGACACGGAACUAUCACUGGUGCUAUUUAUAAACAAAAAGAAUAAAAUGUUAUCUAGACUGGUUUAAAUUGUGCAUAAUCUUAUUACUUUUAAAUUUUAAUGUAAUAUCAUGUGAUAUUCAUAUUUUUUUCGUGUAUUCCUUGUUUGAUGAUAAUAAUUUGAUUUUGCCUAAUCAUUCAGAUAUGGUAACAAAACAAAUUUGUUUCAGUAGACUUUUACAUUAUAGCAACAAAGGUUUUUUCCAAAUUCUGUAGACAUAAUUUGUAUCAAACUAACAACCACAGAUAUAUUUUGUAGCGAGCCAGGUGGGCCCAACUUAGUGAAACCCAGGUUACCCAGGCCCGCCUGGGGACUAUUUUGCUUCACCAGCCAUUACGAUUAGGCAUAUAUUAAAAAAUAGAUCUAGAAAUGCCAAGCUAUAAAAAAGUGUUAUGGUUUAAAUAAUUUCCAUCUAUGAUAUAUUGUGAUAUUGUAAUUUGUAUAAUAUAGUUAUUAAAACUUGAAAAUGUUGCCUUUUUUAUGUUUUUCACUUGCAUUUGUAGGAAUGCACUUGUACGCAUGCAUGCAUCCGUAUGGAUAUAUAAUACAGAAACCAUAUUGAAAUAUAAUAUUGAAGUACCACUAACCUUGGUAAAGGAUAAUAAUAUUGAAACAAAGUAAUAUAAUUCACACAUUUAUUAUAGAUAUGCCAUCUUAAACAGUAACAUUACCAGGAGGAAACAAUACGAUAACCAUUUCUCUAUGUCUAUACAAAUUAAUUAUUAAUUCUUUUAUAAGGUUGUAGCUUACAGAAGCUGAUCUUAACAGGUUAAUGAUAAAGAACAGAGGGCAUAAUCAAAAACG